AACUCACGAACAAGCCACCGAUCUCUUUCUUUCAAUCACAGGGAGGAGGGGAAAUGGAGGCUCCAGAUCUGGAGGUGGAAAGGGCUCGAUUGCUCAGCUUAGCCCUCGAAUUCGGUUUCGACGAAGAAUCUUCGAGGAAGUGCUUAGAUCGUCUUGUUCAUCUCUACGGCGAUGAUGGACAGGAUUUCAUCUCCGUGGAGCACUGUGGUGAUGAUUUUCUUGCCACUCUGGCUGAAUCGAUGCAAGACAGCGAGGAAUGGGAUGAUUUACAAGCCAUGGAAUCAGAGGCUUGUGGAACUUUGUCUGGGAUACUUGAUGAGGAUAUUGUCAACAAUUAUAAGGAAGAUAAUAAUGACAAAUCAAGAUGCAGUGUUCAUGUUAUAAAAGAUUCUCCUCCCAAAUAUGAGAGAAACCAGAGUUUGGUGCAAUUGGAUUCAAGUGAUGGUGAAGACCUAGAGGUCAUAAUUCCAAGCAAAAAGGACGUAGGAUCUACCUCUUCCUCUCAUACUAACAGGAGUUGCAAUGCUCCAACUGAAAAUUCACAUAGACCAUCAUCAAAGUCCAUGGAUUGUAAAAGUGGCAUCUCUCAGGAUUCAAUUCUCAAUCCAUCAAAAGUUGAUCAGGGAACUCUCAGUUAUGAAGAACUACAGUGUUUGGAUGACAUAGAUUUGGCAAAUGUUGUAAUAUUUGGUAACCGGACUUUUCGACCCUUACAGCAUCAGGCUUGUUCUGCAUUUCUGGCAAAGCAGGACACCUUUGUUCUCAUGCCCACGGGUGGUGGUAAAAGUCUGUGUUAUCAGCUCCCAGCUACUCUGCAACCAGGUGUUACAAUUGUUAUAUCACCACUGCUUGCCCUCAUUCAGGAUCAGAUAAUAACGCUUAACCUCAGGUUUGGAAUACCAGCAACCUUCUUAAAUUCUCAACAAACUUCAUCCCAAGCAGCAGCAGUUCUUCAAGAGUUAAGGCAAGAUAAACCUUCAUGCAAGCUCUUGUAUGUAACUCCUGAAAGGAUUGCUGGACAUGCAUCAUUUCAUGAGACACUGAAAUGUUUGCAUCGGAAGGGACAACUAGCAGGAUUUGUUGUUGAUGAAGCACACUGUGUGAGCCAAUGGGGGCAUGAUUUUCGCCCAGAUUACAGGGGUUUAGGAUGCCUCAAGCAGAACUUUCCAUAUGUGCCGGUGAUGGCUUUAACUGCCACUGCAACAACAUCAGUUCGCCAGGAUAUCUUAAAUUCUUUAGGAAUUCCCCAUGCUCUUGUCCUUGAGACAAGCUUUGACAGACACAACUUAAAAUACGAAGUGAUUGAGAAGACCCAAGAACCACUAAAGCAGCUCGGAGCCCUUCUGAAUGGUCGUUUUAAGAAUUUGUGUGGAAUUGUGUAUUGCCUUUCAAAAAACGAAUGUGUGGAGGUCUCAGAAUUUCUGAACAAGAAGUGUAAAGUGAAAACAGUGUAUUAUCAUGCUGGUUUACCAGCUCGGCAGAGGGUUGCUGUCCAAAAGAAAUGGCACAGGGGAGAGGUCCAUGUUGUGUGUGCCACCAUUGCUUUUGGUAUGGGUAUAGACAAGCCUGAUGUCCGUUUUGUUGUCCAUAAUACCAUGUCAAAAUCAAUUGAAAGUUAUUAUCAAGAAUCAGGUAGGGCAGGGCGAGACAACCUUUCUGCAGUGUGCAUUGUUCUAUAUCGGAAGAAGGAUUUCAGCCGAGUUGUGUGCAUGUUACGAAGUGGGCAAGGGAGCAAAAGCCAAAGCUUCAAGACAGCAUUGGCACAAGCUCGGAAAAUGCAGCAGUACUGUGAACUUAAGGGUGAUUGCCGUAGACAAACCUUACUUGAACACUUUGGAGAGUCAUUCAACAGAUAUGCCUGCAAAUACGGUUCCAAUCCUUGUGAUAACUGCAUUAAAGCUUCCUUAUGAACUUCGGCAGCUCUUCAACUGUGUCAAAGCUAUGGUGAAACUCUGUUGGCAUCUGGGGCUGUGCUUGUGCCUCACACUCGCUCUUCUGUGGACUUGUCAAUUUUAUUUACUUCCUGGUUUCUUAGAGAUAGAAGCAGCAGGUUGCUGCAUUUCUUCCGUCAGCUUCACCUGAAACCAUCUCACCUUCCAAGGUAUGCCUCAGUGAACAAUUGCGGAAACUUUAGUUGGCUUUGAUAGAUGCCAAUGUAUGUAUUUUGUUGGACAUGCUCAACAGAUUGAACUGAAAUGUGAGGGUGCAUUUAAGUUAGAUCUCACUGUUUACCAGAUAUUCGAAGGAGAAGAUUAGGCUUGACACAUGGUGUGGUGUUUGUUUAAAAGUAAAACCUGGUUCAAUACAGUGCACUUCUACCAUCUGUACUGAUAAAAUCCCAGUUAUCUUUGACAAAUUACCGUAUUUGCCCUUUGUUUUCAUCCUUUGGUGCUUCCUUUUUCUCAUUUGUGAUGUCUGCGGAGUGAUUAAAAGUUUCUUAUUGCACUUAGACCAUUAAUUCUUGCCUGCUAGCCAUUAUCUACUUGGAAAUUGAUGUUAACAGCUGCAUUCAUAUCCAAAAUAGCUUUCACAAUAUUUCUUGUUGGCAUGCCAGGAUUGUCUUAACUGGUGAAUUCUGAUCCAUAUUCUAUACAUAAGAGUCCCUAUAACCAAGUUGUACUUUCUAUUUGUACUUUGCUCGAUUGUUAUCAAGUUAGUGGUGUGCUAAUUGCUGGCUUGCAGUUGCAGUGAAUAAUAGGAUCUGCGGAAAGCAAUUAGAGAGAGCUGAUGAGAAUAUGCAGUAGCCAUGUAGUUUGGUUGUUGCUAUGUAAAGGGAAGGCUUUGUGCGGAAAGAAACAAACAACGCAACAUACAGAUUUUACUCUUACAACCAAGCAAGUCCCUUUUCCCCAUAGUUCACUAUGUAUAUUACUAGGUUUACAGCAACAAAAAGCAUUGAAAUCCUGCAGGUAGUGUGUGUUUGUCUUCCCACAUUGUCUAGGCCGCAACAGUCUUUGGCUUUACACCUAUUUUUCUCCACGAAACCCUGGGCAUUAUCUGUUUUGUGUCAAUGCGAUC